AUGAUUCCCGGACAAGCACCCAACGGCGCAUCCUCCGACCACACGCAUCUUCUUUUCCAGGAAAACGCCAAGUUAUACUCCCACCAGGUCAGCAUACAAUCCAUCAUCCCCUUUGCGGAUCUCGACGAGGCGAACCGCGCACUAUACAAAGCUGGAACGGACUCAGAUCAUGCCAUCAUCACCAACGAAACCAUCUUCCAUCCCCAAGGAGGCGGCCAGCCCUCUGAUGAAGGCAAGAUGGAAGCUUCAAACGCCACAUUCGACGUGGCGAUGGUCCGCAUGGACGCCGUGAACCAAGGCCGCGUCCUUCAUUUCGGUCGUUUCGUCUCCGGAAACCCAGAUGCCCUCCCUUCCGACUCCCCCAUCACCCAGCACAUAGACGUAGACAAACGAAUUUUCUACUCCAGAUACCACUCCGCCGGCCACGUCCUUGGCGCCGCCGUUCGCGCCCUCCUCGAGAAGGAAAUCCCUGGCUUCGACGAGCUGAAAGCCUCUCACGUCCCUGGCUCCGCGGCUUGCGAAUUUCAAGGCUCCAUCGAUGGUAAAUGGAAAGCGGACAUCCAGCAGAAAGUUGACGAGUACAUUGCGGCCGACAUGCCUAUUGAGAUCGACUGGUGGAGCCAAGAGGACUUCGAGAAGGAAGGCCUGCAGCGACUCGUGCCCGAUCCGGCUAUCUUUGAUUCCGUGCCGGGUGGGAAGUUGAGGGUUGUGAGGAUUGUGGGUGCGGAGAUUUAUCCCUGCGGCGGCACGCAUGUGGAUAGUACGGAGGGGUGUGGAAAGACGACUGUGAAGAAGGUUUCGAGGGCCAAGGGGACGAGCAGGGUCAGUUAUCUUUUAUGA